CGUUGUAAACAGUAUUUACAGCGGAUAAAAUGAACCUUGAAAUAAAUGAUGGGUAGUUACUUCCUCUGCAUCCAAAUGUAUUAUUAGAUGGUAUAAAUAUUAAGGCCCCAAUGAUGUUCACAAUGAAGUUUCUAACGGCCAUCUUGGCGGCUCUUUGUUUUGCAAAUGUUAUCGAUAAAGCUGUUGCGAAAUCAAAAGGUGGAAAAAUGCCAAGCCAGCCGAUAAAAAUGUAUUACUUACCGCCAUCGCCCCCUUGCAGAGCAGUUUUGAUGACUGCCAGAGUGAUUGGAUUGGACUUAGAUCUAGUAGUUACUAAUAUAAUGGAAGGACAACAUAAAACCCCGGAAUUUCUUAAAAUGAAUCCUCAACAUACAAUCCCGACUAUGGAUGACAGUGGCUUUAUACUUUGGGAAAGUCGGGCGAUUAUGGCUUAUUUAGUUAAUGCCUAUGGUAAAGAUGACGCGAUAUAUCCAAAGAAUCCACGCCAGAGAGCCAUAGUCGACCAACGGCUUCAGUUUGACGUCGGUACACUCUUCCCGAGAUAUCUCGAACUUUAUGGUCCUAUGCUAUUCAGAGGCGAGUCAUACAACGAGAAACUAGCAGAAAAGCUGGAUGAAGCUUUGGGAUGGUUGAACACUAUGUUGGAAGGUCAUACCUUCGCUGCUGGGGACAAUCUUACUAUAGCUGAUAUUUCUAUUGUGGUCACUUUAACUAAUUUGGAGGCAUUGGGCUACGACUACAGUUCACACGAGAAUGUUUCCAAAUGGUUUGAGAGAUCUAAAAAAGCCUUAGAACCAUACGGAUAUGAAGAAAUCGAUAAAUCCGGAGCUCAAAUACUGGCUUCAUUCAUGAAGAAGGAUUAAUUAUUGUUAAAAUUAAC